AUGGUGGCCACCACUGGUGUGCUGAGGCCCUUCCUGCAGAAAGCGCUGCUAGCGGAACGGAGCGAGGAGGCUGCCACUCUGAUGACACCCCCGUUGUUCGCCACAUCACAGCCCGCAUCACCUCUCGCAGUGCUCCCUUCAUCUCCCACAUCCAUGUGUUCCUCUCCCCUUUCAUCGUGUUCUUCCAGGAGGAACUCACCCGUCGCUGAGGGCCUGGUGCUCCUGCUUCCCUUUAAACCUCUUGAAAACAUGGCUAUCGAAGGUCCUGCACAUGGACACACUGCUACCAAAGGUCCUGCGCAUGCAGACCACGUGACCGAAGGCCCUGCACAUGCAGACCACGUGACCGAAGGCCCUGCACAUGCAGACCACGCAACCAAAGGGCCUGCGCAUGCAGGCCAUGCAGCCGAAGGCCCUACGCAUGGAGGCCACCUGGCUCAAGCUCCUGCGCAUGAAGGCCACCCAAAGAACGGGAAACGGAAGCGUAGGCAAGCAAAAUGCCUACGAAUUAAGGCCGCCGAGAUCUAUUCUUACAAGAUGCAUUCCCCUUUGGCUGUGAAGUUAUGCAAGCUGUCAGUCGUGAGCUCAGGCCUCUGA